AUGGAGAGAGUCCGAGAUUUUACCUUCAAACUGUGGGUUCCUCCCAGGGUUAAUGAAGGACAGGUGUCUGCUGUUCGACCUCAGGAAAUACUGGAAAACUGUGACCAGCAUACUGUAUUUAAUGUUUUCCCUCAGGGCAACAGUAAAUGCUUUGACAAAGAGCAGAGUCUGCCUUUUGUCAGUACAAGCGUGGUUGGACCAACUAGACAAGAUUUUUCCAAGAUGAAAGUCGUGCCACCAAUGGAAAAAGAGGACAAUAAUUUAAAUCCUGGAAAGCUUUACACCAAGCUGUUUGAUGAAGUUGAGAAAAUAAAGUACUGGAAGAUCAAAGCGGACUCUGACACUGUGCAGAAGGAAAGGAGACUCCAAGAAAACAAAAGAACAAUUGAAACCCAACAAAAAGCAAUUCAAGAAUUGCAGUUUGGAAAUGAAAGUCUUGCCAUAAAGCUGGAGGAACGGAUCAGUGAAAAUGAGGAUCUGAGGAACAAACACAACGCAACAAGGAACCUGUGUAAUCUUCUCAAAGAUACUUUUGAGCGUUCAGCUGAGAAAAUGCAUUUAUUCGAAUCUGAAAGAGAAGAAACCCAUCACAUCUUUAUGGAAAAUAGUGGGAGUAUUCAGAAACUCAUUGCAGCAUUUGAAGGCCUCCGCACUCAAGCAGAGGCUGAUCAGCAAGAGAUGCAGAAAGUCAAAGUGGGCUUACAGCAAUUUGAGAUUGUGAAAGAGAAAUUUAAAGAAGAAUUUGACAUGAAAGAGAAAGAGGUGGCAGUUCUUCAAACAGAUCUUCAGAAACAGGAAAAUGAACUACAAAAGAUCCUACUGGACUUCCAUGAAACCCAGAAGCACUGCAAACAGCUUAAAGACGCAACAAAUGAACAAUAUGAACUUCUCAAAAGCUCAGAAACUGAAAAGGAAUCUCUUCUUCAAAAACUGCAGCGUGUGGAGCAGUGCUUAAAAGAAAGUGAUGAACAACGUGAAGUCAUUGCUGCACUGCUGAAAGAAAAUAAAGAAGAGUAUGCAGAGAUGAUUCAGAGCAGAGAUUUCAGCCUCCAGGAGCUCAGCAGAGUUAAAAAUCAACAAGCAGAGAAGCUGGAGCAGAUUCAGACAACUAUGCAGGAACUACAGAAUUCUCUAUCCUCAGAGAUACAGAAGGCCGAAGAACUUGAGGAUAAACUAAUCGCAAACAAGGGGGAACUUGAAAGUAAAAGCACUCUUUUAGGAGAGAGCCUGGAGCAGAGUGCAAUGAAAGAUGGGCGGAUCAAAGACCUAGAGGAUGAACUGGACAAACAAACGAAGUCCAUUGAGUCCAUUCAUUGUAAGAUAGGCAUAGCUGAAAUCAGAGUAAAGGAGCUUGAAGCCGAGCUUUUAAGGAAAAACAAAGAAGCACGGCUAUUUAAGAAUGAAGCGGAUGUUGUCUCUGCUGAAAACGAUAUGCUGAAGAAGACUUGUGAAGCUGCUGAAAAGGAACACAGAGAUUUAAAGGAGAAAUCAGCAGCAACAAAGAUCAAAGUGCAGAAGCUGGAGCACCAGUUGUUUUCUGAAAUAGAGAAAAAUAAAGAAAACACCUGUCAGAUGGAACAGUUGAACAAAGACAUCACACAGCAUGAAGAAAAGUACAAAGAGCUAUUAUCCAACUUUAAUGGGCUGCAGUCUGAGAAGAAAGCCAUUGAGAGUGGAUCUUCUAAUGUGAAAGCUAUUGAGGCAAACAUUAAGGUUAGUGAGGAGAAUGCUGCAAAGCUUAUAAGAGAAAUUCAAAGACUGGAGGAAAACAAUCUGUGUUUACGAGAGGAGGUAGACUCAUGUAAAACCAGAAUCCAAGGGAACUAUCAGGAAACGGUGACUCUACAGAAGCAAAUUGAAGAAAAAGGUGAACAUUUGCAGGAGGAAAUCACAGAAAAGGAGACAAAAAUCAAAUCUGUGGAAACAAAGGUGGCCAUAAUACUUUUAUAUGAAAUUAAACUGUUCAAUCUGAAAAUAUGACAAAAAAAAAACAAAGUGCUUAAGGAACAAAUCGCAAAGGAGAUUGCAAAAUCCAAUGAGCUUGAAACUGUGAUCAACAAUCUUUACGAGGAGUCCCAGAACCUUCAGAAAUUGCUGAACGAUCUCGAGUCCAAAUCAACAUCCGCAACUGAGCUUGAAAACGAGGUAAAAAAGCUCAGAAUAACAACAGCAGAGGCCGUCAAGAACAAGGACGAGGCAGAACUGAAAUGUCAACAGAAGAUAGCAGAUAUGGUCGCACUAAUGGAGAAACACAAGAGGCAGUAUGACCGGAUGGUUGAAGAGAACAAAAAGAGAGAGAUGGAGGCGGUUUGCCAGAAGAAAUCACUGGAGUUGGAUCUUUUGAAGAAUAAGACAGACAAUGUUAAGCUGAAGCAACAGCUGAAGACAGAAGUGUCAAAGAAGGCAAACCUGCAGAAGGAGCUUUUGGAUUUGAAGAAAGAAAUGUCAUUGAAAAUCAUUCAGCUAUCAGGAUCAGGAAACAAGCAGUCUCCUGCCUUAAAAUCCACACAAGGGAAAUCAUCAGAUACUCCAAACGACAGUUUUGCAAAGAGACACGUGUUUGACUUCUCCGAGAGCAGAAAAACUCCCUCCCAUAGUAAAGUCACAAGAAGUACUGCAGUGAUGAAGAAUGACGAUAAAGAAUUUGAUGCUGAAUCAUCAGAACACCAUGUGGAACAUCACAAAAGACCCAGUCAAAGUGGAGACCUGAAAACCCCACAAAGUCUUCCAAAAAGGAUUGGAGGAACCUCAAAGAUCAAAUCCUACAGAAUAAGGACACCCCCUUCUACUGAAAAGGCUGUAUGCUGGAAGAAAACAAUUGAGCUUGACCCCAAGUCAGACAGCUCCGAUCUAGGUGAUCUCCUGACCUUUGCAAGUGCACUGCCAGCCAACUUUUCUGCUACAUCCUGCGAACAAAACAUCUUCAAAAAGAUCCAGAGUCCAGCUGUUCAUAAAUCACCAGGGAACUUCUUAAAGUUAGCUGCAAUGAAAAGGAUGAGAGAUGCUGGGUGGACUACUGUUACUGGCUGUAACAAAAAAAAAAAGAGGACCAAUGAGAAGAUCUUUGCUUAAAUAGUCCUGUGACAGGUUAGACACAAUAACUGUAUCUGAGAGGUUUAGGUGUUCAUAUUCCAUCUUUCAUGGUUUAUAUAAUAACAUUUGGGAUAAAAUAAUAAGUAAAUACCGGGCAAAUGAAUUUCACAGCAUGCAUUGAAAGUAUUGUAAUGAACUUGCUGAACCGUAUUGUUUACAAUUGAAAGUUUUAUUGGCUAAUAUUCCUACAAUUUUAGCUCGUUGUUCUUCAUUGCAAUUUAAGUGACUGAUUCAACAUUCAAGUUUUUUAGUUGUUUGAAUUGUGUUCAAGUUCUGUUUGGUGUUUUUUUUUUACUAUCUAGAAGAAUUGGUCUUUGUUGGUGUUUAAAUGGAAGCUCGUUUUGGCACAGGUUUACAUUGUUGUUGUGGGAAAGGUGAUUGUUAAGUAUUUCUAACUUAAUAUAGCUAAUAUAUUUAUGAAUCCUUGUAUUGGCAUUGUUAACAUUAAAGGUCAGA